AAAUCCACCUCGCCAAGUCGCAGCGGUAGCAGCACACAGCCAGAGGCAAACGGAAAGCAGAGGCAGCCAUUCGGAUCCGACACCGAUGCAUCACCCACGAGAAGAUCUCAGCCCACCAAGGAUGAGGCGAGGAUCAGUAAAGUCAAUCGAUCAUCAGCAGCGUCGUACAACACUCACACCCACCCCCUCGCUUUCCUGUCCCUCUUCCUUCCGCAUGGCUUCGCGUGCAGCAUCAGCUGCCUCGUCUUUCAGCUCGAGGUGUGUAGCUGGGCCCUCAUCGCUGCGUCUGGCUACCAGGAGCCAGAGCACCCUGAGCAGUCAGGCGACCACUACCACGGCACCGACCGAGGAUCUCCUUGCCUCUACUCGCGAGGUAGACGAUGUCGAUGCCCCAGCCUCGUCAUCAGCUUCCGCCACUCCAUCCACCAAGGUCUCCCUCGAUAGAGACUCUCGGCGUCAAUGGCGCAAUACCCUCUCCUACCUCUCCUCCAUGGGCUCCACCCAAACCCGGGCAAGUGUCUGGAAGCCCGCCCACACCCGUCUGAAGCCUCCUUCACCCAGAGAAGUGACCAUCUCCCACCUUCUUGCAGCCACUGCGCAUGUGGGGCACUCGACUGCCAACUUGAGCAAGGCUUACCAGCCAUGGGUCUACGGCACACGACAUGGCGUUGCUCAGAUUGAUGUAGAGAAGGCGACGCUCCCUUCGCUAAGGCGAGCUUCAAAGGUCGUAAGGGAGGUGGUAUUGCGGGAUGGAGUAGUGUUGAUCGUGGGAACACACAAGGAGACACAGAGGGCCGUAGUUGCUGCUACGAAGAGGAUGGGACCCAAUGGCUUCCACGUGACAGUGGAGAGGUGGAUGCCAGGGAUCCUUACCAAUUCGCCCUCGCUCCUUUCUAGAGCUAUUAUGGGCUCUCUCAGCGACUACGAGUCUGCAUUCGAGGAGCAACAGCAGGGCAAGGAAGACGCAAGAGCCGCAAGGAGGAGUGAUAAUCGUGACUCGCGCGACUCAAGAAGAGACAACGGCCCUUCACCCCCUUCAGUGGCCAAGCUGGCCAGCCAACUACUCCAGCCCGAUCUAGUCAUCGUCCUGAACCCCAAGCUCAACCUCAACGCCAUCAGAGAGGCAACCACCAACUCAAUUCCCACGAUUGGAAUCGUCGACACGGAUGUGGACCCGCGCAUUGUCACCUACCCAAUCCCGGCGAAUGACGAGAGCGUGAGGGUGCAGGAGCUGAUAGUGGGAGUGCUUAGCAAGGCGGGAGAGGAAGGGAGAAUGGAGAGGAUGAGGCUGACCGACUUGGAUGAAAGAGCGGGUAAGAAGGAGAGGAGGGGGAGGAGAAGGGAGGAACAGCAGCAGCAGCAGCAGCAGUAGACGGUCGAGGAGUAGCUGUUUGCUCAAUUGGGCCAGAUUGUGGGCCGAUGAGAUCAAUGAUCAAUGACAUUGCAAUGUUACAUUCGAGGGGGCUCUGCCUCUCUGAUGAUGGCUUUGA